CUAUCGCGGCGGCACCACAGGGGCAGCGGCAGCCUCACCUCGCCUGCCUCUUGCCCCUCACACCCAUCAUGCCGGUGCCAGCACUGGCCCUCUCCCUCCUCGACGGCGCACUGCCGGCAGGCGUGGCGGGCGCAGCGCUGGUCGCGGCACUGCUGCCUGCCUCGUCUCGCCGCCUGCCUCGCCUGGCGCGCCCGCUGCUGCUCGACUUUGUCGACGAGGACGACCUCGCCGAGGCACGCGCCGUCGAACGGCAGAGCAUCGCCGCUGCGCUGCGGCAGCACGGCCUUACCGAAGCGACAGAGAUCGAGGAGCAGCACCGGCUGCUGCAUGACGGGCUCGCAGAUGAGCAAGCGCCGCUGCUCGGCGACGGCGUGCGCGCAGAGCCGCGCCUGCGUGCGUCGAGGAGCGUCACGGCGGGUCUGGCGGUCAUCGCGGCGGCAGAGCUGGCGUGGACGGCGGCGCGACUGGACUAUGCGGGUGCAAGCGCCUUCAGCUGGCUUUACGUGCUGUUCCGCACGCUGCGCAGCCCGCCCGUCACGCCGCCAUGGGCGACGCUGCUGAUCGGGCUGUGCCACUUGGUCGCGGCGCUGCUGGUGCUGCUCGACGCAGUGCUGCUCAGACAGCCACUCUUGGUGCCAGUCCUCACAGGUCUGCCAGCGCUGGUCCUUGUGCUGCUGGCCGCGUCGCUGCCGCUCUCGCCGUACCCGGCGCCGCCUCUCGCGCCCGGUGUGCCGCCUCCAGCGCGCGAGGACUACGCGACGCUGCUCGAGUGGGUCACAUUUAGCUGGCUCACGCCGCUCAUUAACGAGGGCUUCAAGCGCGAUCUCGACGACGGCGACGUGUUUGCCCUCUCUGCUUCCAGCCGAAGCGCGCUCAUCCUGCGCAAGAUGGAGGCGCUGUCCGGCACGCUCCUCCAGCGGCUGUGGAUCGCCAACGCCCAUGACGUCUUCGCGGACGCAACCCUCACGUUCGUGUCCGCGGCGCUGUCCGUCAGCGGGCCGUUCUUUCUCAAGCGGAUCCUCGAGGCGAUCACGCAGGCGGCGAGCAGCCCAACUGGCAAGGUCCCGUCCUCGGCAUACCUGCUGCCGCUGGCUGCCUUUACUGCAAGCGUGCUCAAGGCGCAGACUGACCUGCAGCACCUGUAUCACGGGCGCAGAGCAUGCAUUCGCACGCGCGGCGAGCUGAUCAGCCUCAUCUACAACAAGGCACUGCGGACGCGGGCGAAUCAGCAGGCUGGCGAGGCUGAGACUGCGGCACCAGGCGCGCCCAAGAAGCCGGCAGCCGGAGCACGCGACCUGGGCGCCAUCGUCUCGCUGAUGGCCGUCGACGCGCAGAAGAUCUCGGUGCUGCUCGCUGGCGCCUACUUCCUCUACUCGAGCCCCAUCGAAAUCCUCGUCGCCGGUGUGUUCCUCUACAACUUGCUGGGCUGGAGCGCGCUGGCGGGCUUCUCGGUGCUGCUCAUCUCGACGCCGCUCCAGUCGCUCCUCACGCGCCGCUCGAUGCGCAUCACGCGCGAGCUCGGCGCCGCGCGCGAUCGCCGGACAGGCCUCAUCGCAGAGAUGUUCUCUGCGCUGCGGCCUAUCCGCUACUUUGCGCAGGAGGAGCAGUUCAAGGCGCGCAUCAUCGAGGCACGCGAGCACGAGCUGUCGCUCCUGCGCAAGCGGCAGCGUCUCUCAGCCCUCAACUCCGUGCUCUGGGGCGCGACGCCGGCCUGCAUCACCUCGCUCUCCUUCCUCGCCUACACGCUGAGCGGCCAUCGCCUCACGAUCUCCGUCGCCUUUCCCGCGAUCGCCGUGAUCACAUCGAUGCGCAACGCGCUCUCGGUGCUGCCAAUGUACAUCAACAACAUCCUGAACGCGCGCGUCUCGCUUGAGCGCAUCGAGGACUACCUGCGCAGCGACGAGGUGCCCGCCUGGGUGUCUACGCUCGCGGCGAGCGACAGCAAGAUCGUCACAGACGGGCGUCUGGGCUUCGAGAGCGCCACGUUCAGAUGGCCUGCCGUCUCUGCAGUUGCAGACGUGCCUGUCGCAGCCGUCGAGAAGAGCUCCUUUGCCGCGCGCCUGGCUGCCAAGCUGCGUCUACGCUCCAAGCCCGCACCCGAGACGCCGAAGGUAGCAGUAACAGCGACAACAUCUGGCACAGCCACGCCCGCGGAGCCCUUUUCCCUGCGCGACCUGUCCGUCAUCUUCCCACAGGGCAAGCUCUCGCUCGUCGUCGGCCCAACAGCCAGCGGCAAGUCGUCGCUGCUCUCGGCGCUGCUCGGCGAGAUGAUUAUGGAGGACGACGGCGCCGUGUAUCUGCCCAAGACGCGCGACCGUCUCGUCUCCUUCUGCGCCCAGCGGCCGUGGCUGCAGAACGCGACGAUCCGGAACAACAUUCUCUUUGGCUCGCCAUUCGAGGCGACGCGCUACGAGCAGACACUCGUGGCCUGCUGCCUGGCGCCAGACUUGGCCAUCCUGCCUGGCGGCGACGCAGCGGAGAUCGGCGAGGGCGGCCUGACGCUGAGCGGCGGGCAGCGCGCGCGAGUUGCUCUGGCACGAGCAGUGUACGCCCCCUCUCAGACUGUCCUACUCGACGAUGUCCUCAGUGCGCUUGAUGCUACGACGGGCAAACGCAUCGUCGAGGACCUUCUUGCCGGACCGCUGCUCAAGGACCGCACCGUCGUGCUCGUCACGCACCACGUCGACCUUGCGCUGACCAUCCCGUGCGCGCACGUGGUGAAGCUCAGCCGCGGGCACAUCGAGGCACAAGGCUCGCCCGACGAGCUGCGCGCCUCUGGGCAUCUCGCGCCAGCCGUGCGCGAUAGCGCCACUGAUAGCGAGAAGGAAAACACGCCCGCUGAUGCAACAGCGGCUCCGCCAAAGAUCGCGGCCUCGACCGAUGCAGGCCAGCUCGUGUCCAAGGAGCGCCGCUCCACCGGUGGCACCAAGCUCAAGGUGUACGUCUCGUACCUGCGUGCCUUUGGCUACGCGACGCUGGCUUUCGCGUUUAGCGCCAUGCUGCUGCGGCAGAGCACCGAUGUCGGCGAGAAGUUCUACCUCAGCUGGUGGGGCACUGCCUCUGCUCGCAGUCUGCUGCUGCCGUUCAUUGAGCUGCCGGCGCUCGGAGCGCUGCAUCAUGCGGUGCACAUCGCUCAUGAAGGAGCGCUCUCAGCAAUGCGCGGCGACGAGGCUCCUCUACUGUAUCUGCUCGGCUUCGUGGGCCUGCAGGCCGUCGGCUUCCUGCUCAUGCUCUGCGUGAUCUUGAUUAUGCAAGGCGGCGGACGACGCGCUGCUCGGCGCAUCUUUGGCCAGGCGCUGGGCUCGCUCAUGUCUGCGACGUCUCGCUGGCUCGAUCAGACUCCGCGCGGCCGCGUGCUCAACACAAUGUCAAAGGACGUCAGCCAGGUCGACGAGAGCUGCACGGACACGCUGCAGGCGAUGAGCGUGUACAUUCUCGGCCUUUUCACGUCGCUCGUCGUCGUGACCCUCACGCUGCCAACGAUGCUGCUGCCCGUCGCAUUCCUGGCGCUCAUCAACUGGCAGGUCGCACGGCGAUACGUUGCGACAGCUCGCUCAUUCCGGCGCAUCGAGUCGACGAGCCGCUCGCCGAUCUUUGCACGCUUCUCUGAGCUGCUCUCCGGCCUUGAGACCGUCCGCGCGUUCGCUGCAGAGCGCCGCCUGCUCGCAGAGUUCCUCGUCAACCUGGACCAGAUGUCGAGCUCCUUUGCGCUCUUCUGGUUCAGCUCGCGAUGGGCGCUCGUGCGGCUAGACGUACUCGGUGCCGUCGGCACAGCCACGGCAAGCGUGGCAGCGCUCAACGGCGGCAUCCCGGCCGGCCUCGCAGGUGUCGCCCUCACCUCGCUGCAGACAGUCGUCGGCGCCGUGUACUGGCUGUCGCGCUUCCAGAGUACACUCGAUCAGGACCUCAACUCCAUCGAGCGUCUGCAGGACCUCAUCAGCCCGGAGCGCACCAAGCAAGAGCCUGCCGCGAUCACCGGUUGCCGGCCGCCGGCCUCGUGGCCUGCGCGAGGCGAGAUCAAGUUCGAGAACCUGACGCUCCGCUACGCGCCGGACCUCGAGCCGGCGCUGCGCAAUGUGUCAUUUACGGUGCGGCCAGGCGAGAAGCUGGGCAUCGUGGGCCGGACCGGCAGCGGCAAGUCGACCCUCGCACUUGCCCUCUUCCGCUUCGUCGAGUUCGACGCGGGCUCCAUCUCCAUAGACGGGAUCAGCAUCGCAGAUCUGGGCCUGCGAGACCUCCGUUCUAGACUGUCCAUCAUUCCUCAGGACCCCACGCUCUUCAGCGGCACCGUGCGGUCCAACAUAGACCCGUUCGACGAGCAUCCCGAUGAGGAGCUGCUGGAAGCUUUGCAUCGAGUCCACCUGCGCACACCGCCAUCGCAGUCGCAGAUUGCCAGCCGCGUGAGCAGUGCGCCAGCCUCGUUACAGGGCGACGACGACGAGCGCUCCACUGUGUCGCUCGACACUGUCAUUCUCGAGGGCGGCACGAACCUCAGUGCUGGCCAGCGGCAGCUGAUCGCCAUGGCGCGGGCGCUGCUGCGGGCCGGCCGCGUCAUCAUCAUGGACGAGGCGAGCUCUGCUACGGAUUUCGACACCGACACUGCGAUCCAGCGGGCGAUCAGCGAGGGCUUCAAGGACUCGACGGUCCUCACAAUCGCACAUCGCCUCUCGACGGUGGCGGUGUGCGACCGCAUCCUGGUGCUGGCCGCCGGCGAAAUUGUUGAGUUCGACACGCCCGCGACGCUGCUGGAGCGCGAGGACGGGCACUUCCGCACCCUGUGCGAGCAGUCGGGCGAGCUCGAGCACCUGCGCCAGCUUGCGGCGCGCACAUAGAAUGUCAUUGUGUCGGACACUGCGCCUCUGGGCCCAUCGU